UUCCGAUAAAAAAGAAAACAUAUAUGUAUCAUGUAUAUUGGGAGAACAUUGUAUAAAUUAAAAACUCAAACUUGAAGAAGACCAAUCUGGACCUAAAGAUGAACACACCCAAUGAGAGAGAAGGAGAGGGAGAGGGAGAGAGAGAGAGAGGUUGGUGAGCACGCCAAGAUGGCAUGACCGAGAGAGAGGAGUGGUAGUGGUAGCUGUAGGUAGGGAUCCACACGACACGACCGGCCACGCGACAGCCGACAAGGACGGGAGGGAGGAGAUGGCCAAAAUCAAACUACUACUAAUAAAGAUACAUCCCUCGACGAAACUGCCACGAGCUUUCUUAUUAGUAUUAUAAAUUCUGCAUUGACCGCUGCUGCUGCUGCUGCUGCUGCUAUCACCACCACCAUCUCUCUGUCUCUUUCCCAUCGAUCAACAACUUGUAUAGGCAGGCAGGCAGGCAGGCAGAUCGAUCCUAUUCCUGCUUGAUCAUCGUCAACAUAAAAUUAGUCAUCCACGCACACUCAUCUUAUUAUAUACUGCUACUGCUGCUGCUACUACUACUACUUUUAUAUGUUGGUAUUCUUCAUGGUGCAUUCAUUCAUUGCAGCAUCCGACAGGACAGGACAGGACAGUAAUUCCCUUCCUUCUAUCCCCUAUUACUACUCCUCCUCUUCAAUUCAAAAGUUUUCAUUAUACUUCACUUACUGUUUACUUUUACUACUACUACUACUUUUUAAUUAAAACUUUACAGAGGAAGGAACGCAGGCAGGCAUAACACAUUUCAUUUAUGCAUAGAUUAGCCAGGGAGGGUGUUUGUAUCAUUUAUUAGAAAGAGGAGGAGGCAGGUCGAGAAAGCAAUCAGUUUAUCUAUAAAGCAGUAGAGGCAGCUGCCGUUGACCUUACCUGAUCGAUCAUCAGCUCGAUCCACAUAUAUAUAUAUAUAAUAUAAUAUAAUAUAGAUAGAUAGGUCAUAGAUGAUGAGUACGUGGGGAUGUAUUUUGAUGAUUAAUUGCUUACACAAUAAUAUAUCAUGCAGGAGGAGGAGGAGGCAGUCAGAAAUAUGGGAAUGAUCCUGUCGAGAGUAGUUGUAGUCCUAGUGCGUCUCAGUCAUAAAGUAGAACAGGAGGAAGACAUGAACACAGAGCUGAGGCGGCAGAUGGAGAUGGAGAACCAAGUAUUAGCACUGGAAGAUGGCGCUGCACCUUUCUCUUCAGUUUCUCGAGAGCGGUACGUGAGGCUGUGCGUACCGCUGCACAAGGCUGCGUUGAAGGGCGACUGGGGUCGGGGUGCCGAGUUUGUGAGCAGGGAUCCCACGCUCCUCACCGCUCCCAUCACGGGAGGGGGCGAGACCGCGCUCCACAUCGCCGCGGUGGAGGGGCACCGCCGCUUUGUGGCCGGCCUCCUCCAGCGGAUGGGGGACCCCGCCGACCUCGAGGCCCUCAACAAGAGGGGCUGCACCGCCCUCACUUUUGCUGCGGCCGCCGGCCACGCGCGCAUUGUCGCCAUGAUGCUUGAGAAGAACCCCCGGCUGGCCGCCGUCAGGGGCCCUCAAGGGGUCACGCCGCUCUUCAUGGCCGCACUGAUGGGCCACUCCCGCGUCGCUCGCGCCCUCUUUCCCUAUCCGCAGGCCCUCCGCAGCAGCUUUGAUCACCUCUCCACCCACCAGAGUCACCUCAGGCUUCUCACAACCUUCAUCCGAUCGGGCCUAUACGGUCUUGCAAUCAGCAUGGUGCACGAGUACAGGGAGCUGGCUUCCCUCGCGGACGAAGAAAAUGGGGAGACCGCAUUGGCGGUUCUUGCACGGAGCCCUUCUGCAUUUUGCACCCGCACCCGCACCCGCCAUCAAAGCAUUCUCAGCAGCAUGGCAUCAUCUUUAACGAAUAAGUUUAACCUGCUGCUGCGGAGGAGGAGGAGGAGGGACCAUAAAUUGUCAGGGUCGGGAGAUGAUGAUGAUGAUGAUGAUGAUGAUGCAUAUGCACUGUUCGAGUGCCUGUGGGAGAGCAUGGUCCGUCAAGGAGAUGUGGAAACCGCGGGCGCAGGGGGGAUGUACGAGGAGAGCAGCACUGCCAGCCUGGGGUUCAUGGCCGCCGAAUCAGGGAACACAGAGUUCCUGGUAGAGUUGAUCCGGAAGGAUCCAAUGUUCCUGUACAAGGUGGACUCCACCUCGGGCCACAGCAUUUUCCACAUCGCCAUCGUCCAGCGCCACAUCGACGUAUUCAACCUCAUCUACGAGAUGGAUGGGAUGAAGCGAAUGAUGGCCACCUAUGCGGGCCCCGCCGACGGAAACAACAUGCUGCAUCUGGCCGCCAUGAUGGCACCCCCGCACCAGCUCGCCCACAUCCCCGGCGCAGCUCUGAGGAUGCAGCGCCAAGUGCUUUGGUACAAGGAAGUUGAGAAGAUUGUACAGCCUUCGUACAGGGACAUGAGGAACGCGCAGGGGAUGACACCGCACGAGCUCUUCCUGGAGCAACAUGGAGCACUGAUGAGGGAGGGGGAGAAGGAGAUGAAACACACAGCCAAAUCCUUCAUGCUGGUCACCAUGCUCAUCACCACCGUGGUGUUCGCCGCUGCCUUCACCGUGCCCGGCGGGUACGACAACCGCACCGGGGACCCCACCCUGGGGAAGAGGAAGCUGUUCGUGGUGUUCCCGGUAUCAGAAGGGGUGGCCACAGUGGGGUCCCUGGCAUCCAUGCUCAUGUUCCUCAGCAUACUCACAUCCCGGUACGCAGAGGGCGACUUCCUGUGCCAGCUGCCCUGCUGGCUGGCGGCCGGGGUGAUGGGGCUCUUCGUGUCCAUGGCCGCCAUGGUGGCGGCGCUGUGCCUGUCCAUUGUACUGUACCAGCACUCGGUGGGAGGGGCGGUGGCGGUGGUGGUGGUGUUCGGGAGCGUGCCUCUCAUGUUCGUGGCAUUAAAAUAUCAGCUUCUCGCGGGGAUACUGCACUCUACCUACACCUCUCGAAACUUGUUUGCCUCCAACCACCGAUUGUUCCCUUGAAACAUAUGAGUUCAACA